AUGAGUCCAUCAAACCUUGUUCGUGCACCAUCCCUCUUUUUAUCCCACGGGACUGGCCCAUUCCCUCUCCUUGAUCCCGAACAAGAGUCGUAUAGAGAAAUGAUCCGCAAACAUGCAAGCAAGCUCGACGGCGUCAAGGGCAUCCUGCUUUUCUCGGCUCACUGGGAAACCGAGGAACCUCGAAUCACCGCCUCCAAUGAUCCUGGGAUCUACUAUGAUUAUGAGGAUAUGCGUGACAUGCUCCCACCAGCUGCAUUUAAGUUCCAGUAUGCGGCAUGUGGCAACGCUAUAUUGGCCGCCGAGGUUGCCGACCGUCUCCGGGAUUGUGGGUUCAACCCUAUCUUGGAUUACCAACGCGGGUUUGAUCAUUCCGUUUACGUGCCAAUGACACUACUACGACCUCAGGGCGAUAUUCCCAUCGUCCAGAUGUCGAUCCUCAGAGGGCAAGAUGAGGAAGACUCGACCCAGAAGAACAUAAAGCUGGGACAAGCGGUCGAAUGCUUUCGGGACGCGGGAUAUGCCGUGAUUGGUAGUGGGGGCUCCUAUCACGAUUUCCGUGCAAUAGCUAAUGCAUUCUUCUCUAACGCGCCCAUUCCUGCAGGACCUGAGAAAUUCGAGGAUUUCUUGCUCUCGGCAGCAACCAUCGUCGAUCCAGUGCAGAGAGAGACCGUACUGCUUAAAUGGAGGGGACAUUCCGCUAGUAUCAUUGCACAUCCAGUGGGUGAGGCGGAACAUUUGAUGCCGUUCAUGAUUGUAGCUGGGAGCGGUGGAAACAGAGCAGGAGUUAGGUUCGACAUGUUUGUGUAUCGAGGUGCGCCGAUGAGCUUUUACAGCUGGUGA